UUAGCCGGGGCACGGUCCAUUUCCGAGUCUCUCACUUCCUAGAGUUCCAGCAGCAUUAGCACUAGCAGACGGCUCGUUCAACUUCGGAUUUUGUUUUGAUGGAUUUUUAACGGCAGGGCACAUUCAGGCUAGCCUAUCUCCCAAGAAUAAGGUCCAGAAUUGUCGACAUUUGUUUCUAGUAUGAUGUAACCUGUAUAUUUCAAAAGAAAUAUGCCCCGUGACUCGAAGAAAUUCAAGAUUAAGUGCAUUUGUGACCUAACCUAACCUAUCAACAACUCAAAACAAAACCAAGAAAAAUGAAAUUUCACAACAGAUGAGGUGUUUGGAUAACGCUCUUUCUACUAGUCAUGAGCCACUAAUACGUCAUCAAAUAUUUUCUUUUCAAUCAGCUGAUUGUGUCUAAUGCAGAGCUGCAUACGUCCCAAGUUCUUUGGGCAAUCCAACUUGGUCGUGGCCCUUCGUAAAAUUUUUGACACUCUGAAUGAAAAAAAGAAAAUGGAAGGCCAGGGUGGGUCAGGAGCAGCAACAAUCAGAACUGAUGAAGAUUGUCAUGAUUCUGCGGGUAGCAGUGAGGAGGCAGGCACUGAGAGGACUCCCAGUGUCUGCCGGCAUGCCAAUGUUUGCACCGAUGACAAUGAGUUUAUUAGUUAUGCCCCAGAACUUGCUGUUGGAAAAAUAGGAUUGUGGAUAUCAGGGUCCAAACUAACAGCUGAAGUAGGCUAUUUUGAAAUGGAGAUUACUGACUGCGGCGUUGAUGGCAAGAUACAUAUUGGUGUUGCAAGUUGGAAACACCCGCUUCACAGUCACAUUGGCCACAGUUUGGGAUCCAUCGGUCUUUCAGUAGAAAAUGGCCAUUUAUUUAAAGAUGGUGAAAUGGCUACUGAUACAGUCCGAGUAAAAGUAGCUCGGGAAUAUGAUAGAGUGGGAUGUGGCUUGAGAUAUGAGCAACAUUUUGACUCCGGAGAUGAUGCUGAUGAUACAGAGUCCUUUGUACUUGUGUACUUCACAUUAAAUGGAAAAGAGAUUGGUUCUUUGUGGACACAUCUGCCCUUGGGCGGCUUUCAUCCAGCUGUAUCUAUGCAGUCACCUGGUGAAGAAGUGCGAGUGUGCCUUGGUUUACCUGGACAUCCUAUGCAUGAUGACGAUGAAAUGAUUGUUGAUAGUAAUGAAGAUGAUUGGUGUCGCCUCAGUGAUGUGCAUCAACGAGGACAGUACCUUGAAUAUUGUGGAAAAGGCCAAAGUAUUGCAGAUGUUGGCUUAGCUCAAGCAAGAUUUCCCUUAAAUACAACACACCACUAUUUUGAAAUUGAAAUUGUUGAUCCUGGAGAAAAUUGCUACAUUGCUAUUGGAUUAACUAGAAAGGACUACCCUGACAGAAGAAAUCCAGGCUGGAAUAAAGGAUCUAUUGGAUAUCAUGCUGAUGAUGGAAAAAUUUUCAUGGGAAGUGGUAAAGGAGACCCAUUUGGACCUAGGUGUCACAAGGGGGAUCGAAUGGGGUGUGGAAUUUAUUUUGCUCCAGAUUACAUAAGUGAAUAUGACAGUGACUGUGAUGUUGGGAACAGUCCUCCUCGGGCUGGCUCUUCAAAUGGUAAAGAUGUUGAGUUAAUUGACCUGACUGUCGAUACAAGUGGAAGUGAAGAUGAUGAGUGGUGGACUCACCAAGGGAAGGUUAAAUGUGGCAGCAAGGUUGAGAUUUUCUUCACCCGAAAUGGAAAAACUGUAGGAAUGCGCCAAGUUCGGAUACCAAAAGGAGGUUUUUAUCCAACCGUAGGCAUGUUAGGUUUAAAUGAGAAGGUGAGAGUGGAUUUACGACCAUUAACAGGUUGAAGAUAUCAGAUCAAAUUUUAAUUUAUCUAGUCAGGGCGUUACUGUACCGACUGUUCAUAAAUAAUAAUAAUAAUACUGCAAGAACCAUAAAGUAAGGCCCAAAGGCAACUUUUCUGUCUUUUGUUUCUUGACCUGUAGAUGUUUGUUGUAGACAAACAUUAAUGCAUUAUGAUCUCAAUGAAAGAUUUGAGUGAAUCGUAAGUUCACAUUAACCUUUACAAGUGAUACUUAGCUAGUCGUAUUUUUAUCUUUACCAAAGCAUAAUCUGUGAUCAUUAGGCUCAUAGCUGUGAGGAAAGGCAUAUGAGUUGUAUUCCAACUAUAUUGAAUAUCGAACGGCCUCCACCAGUUUGUCCUUAUCAAAAAGAUGAAAGUCUUAUAUUUUUAUUCCCUGAAUGACCUAACUCAGUCUCUAAUUUAAUCUUUACUUAAUAGAAAGAGCAGGAGCGUAGGUUUAUGAUUUCCAAAUAUAAUUUAUUGUUCAUGUGCGAUUCAGGGUAUGUAUUCAGCCAUGAAUUCAGAAUACAUCUCAAAGAGUGGGAGAAAAAGCACAUUUGUCUGUGCCCCCACCAUGAGUCAUUUUAGAAAUUAUUUCUAAUCUCCCGUUUCCUCCAUUUGGAAAUGCCAUUUGUUGGCCAAACUUUAAAUCAGGGUGGGUGACAAUUACUUUUAAGUGAAGUCACACUAUUUUUCUACCAAAUUUUGAAGUUUAUUAACAAGCUUUUAGAAUUUGACACUGGGUGUUAAAACUCCAUUUAUGUUCUGCCAUGGAUUAAGCAACUGGAGCCAUGUAUGUCCAUUUGUGGUCUGACAUGGAUUAAGCAAUUAAGCAAUGUCAUGAUUACCAGUGUGUAGCAAAAGGAAACACUUCACAAUUUGCUCAGAAUGUUUGUUGUUUUUGGUAAACCACUCUCUCUUUUUCUGUGGCAUUAGUUCGCUCAAUAGUUUCUCAUGUUUCACUGUCUAUCUUGUAGGAACUCUUCCAGCUAUUCGUGGCAAUUGGUUUUGGCACAUCUCAUGUAUCAGUAUCAUAAUUUCUUUUUGUUUUCAUUUAUUUUUUUCUAAUAUUUUUAAAUUUAGUGCCUGCAGGCUGUCCCAAACUGUUACAAAUAUCUGCUUUUCUUUAAUUAUUUUGACUUGUGUACCUUCACUUGUGAUUGCAGUUUCGAAUAAACAUUCCUGUGUGGGACCUACUUUCUUAAAAUUCCAUCCUAUUUCAAGAGGAAUAUUUUUUAUUUUGUUUUCUACUGUCUCAUCCAAACCUUGUGAUCUUUGAACUGUCUGCAAUUGUGUGUAGUCUAUAUCGAUUUCUAUUAUGCUAACCAGAAUGUCUUAUUUCUAAUUAAAACUUUCACCUUUGUAUUGAA